ACCCCAAACUGGACCCAUGCUGGUAAGCCAUGCUGAUUUCCUACUAACAACAAACACACCAGAGUGACCCUCAUUAAACACAGGAGAGGCAUGACAAGAGGUGAAGCACACACAAACAGCCUCGACAUCAUCAUCAUUACGAGAGCACACACUGAUACACCACACUCCUACCAGCGAGUCUUCCUCUAAUUGUUCAUUUCAAAGCAAAGAUGGGUUACAGGACAGUGGUGAUGUACAUGGAGAUCGGCUGCUUUGUGACGUGCGUUUCAGGAUGGAUCCUGGUGUGCUCCACCAUGCCCACAGAGAUCUGGACCUGGUCUGAGGUGGGCAGCAUUGUCUUGACCACCUCUAACUACUUCUCCAACUUGUGGAAGGAUUGUGUGUCCGAUUCCACCGGCGUGUCGGACUGCAAGGGCAUCCCGUCCUUGCUUGCACUCAACUGGGACAUUCACAUGUGUCGCGCCCUCAUCAUCACCGCCAUCAUCAUGGCGUUCUUCGGCUCAGUCCUGGUUAUGGUGGGAAUGAAGUGCACUAAGAUCGGCGGCUCCGAGUUAGCCAAGGCGAGAGUGACUUUUGCUGGGGGGAUGAAUUACCUCUUUGCUGGGUUGUGUUCAAUGACUGCUUUCUCCUAUUACGGCAAUAAAAUAAGAUCAGAAUUCCAAGAUGAUAAUUACAAAGAACAAAAGUUUGAAAUUGGUGUUGGCGUGUUCAUCGGCUGGGGUGGCUCAACUUUACUGGUGGUUGGAGGUCUUCUUUACAGUAUCUUUGCAGGGAGGGAAGGAUGCCAAUCAAGUUAUGAUGCAGACCCCGCCUACCUGUUCCCAGAUCCCUACAUGGUUCCGCCGACAAAGCAGAUGGCUCUCUCAAAUGUGAGUGGGAGCAGGAAAGCACAGAGUCGUCCAGCUAGUAGUGGUACUAGUAGUAGUGCUACUCGUAGUAGCAGAAGCAGUAGUAGUAACGGCAGCAGCCUUUCUGCAGUGAGCGGCAGUACCAGAACAACUGCAACAAAUGCAUACGUCUGAGUUCAUUUUUAAGAGGACAACAAUUCUUUUCAACCAACUAAACCAUCAAAUUUGAGAGAGGUUGAGUGAAAAGGGGAAUGCAAUGGUGGUAUAUGAAGUGGAUUUAUAAAGCAAAUAUAUUGGAACGCUUCUGCAACUCA